AACGGUCCUCACUUUUCUGGAUCAGUUUCGCGUUGGACAUCCACCAAAGUCGACCCGAUUUCAUAUAGAUUAGUUAGUGCGUCUCCUCAUCUUUUUCUUCUACACAUUAAAAAAUAUAUAUAUUUAUAUAUACAAAAGACUAGGACAAAACUGUAUCCACUGUUUCAUGUUUGAUAAUGUUAUUGGAUAAGUUUCGUGCGAUCUUCGAUUGCGCCUACGGACAGACUGUGAUACAUUCCAAUUCAUUUCAAGGAAAUAACAAUGCGUCCCCAAAGGAAGGCCUUCAAUGGCGUGGGCGUAACAGCGGGGGCGGCCUCGGCCUCGGCCAGUGCAACGGAGAAUGCAACGGCUCCGGGGACGGCGAAGCCGGGGGCGGCCACCACCAGGAGAACGGUGCGGCCGGACAGGGCCCUGACAAGCUGGAGGGGUCGGAAUCAAUUGAGAAUGACACUCUUCACCUCAAGAGACGGGUGGGACUCGUCAGUGGGGUGGCUCUAAUUGUCGGCACUAUGAUAGGCUCUGGAAUUUUCGUGUCUCCGUCCGGUCUUCUGGAAAGAACCGGAUCAAUCGGAAUGAGUUUUGUGAUAUGGAUGGCGUGCGGUUUGCUAUCGCUUUUAGGCGCAUUGUCUUACGCAGAGUUGGGCACCAUGAACACAUCCUCAGGAGCUGAAUACGCCUACUUUAUGGACGCCUUCGGAGCACCUCCGGCCUUCCUCUUCUCCUGGGCGAGCACGCUCGUCCUGAAACCAUCCCAAAUGGCCAUCAUCUGUCUCAGCUUCGGGAAGUACGCGGUCGAAGCAUUCGUCACCGAAUGCGAACCACCGGAGAUCGUUGUCAAGAUGGUCGCAUUGCUGGCAAUUGUGGUCAUCUUGUACGUGAAUUGCUACAGUGUUAACUUGGCGACGAGCGUGCAGAACGUCUUUACAGCAGCCAAACUCGUAGCCGUCCUGAUCGUCAUCAUCGGAGGAAUCUACAAAAUCUGUGAAGGAAACGUCCAGCAUCUGCGGGAACCCUUCAAGAAUACCCAGUAUUCCGUUGGAAACAUCGCCACAGCCUUUUACACAGGCCUCUGGGCGUACGAUGGCUGGAACAAUCUCAACUAUGUCACCGAAGAGAUUAAAAAUCCUUCCAAGAAUCUUCCUCGGAGUAUCGCAAUUGGAAUCCCAUUGGUGACGAUCUGCUACGCACUGAUCAACGUGUCGUACUUAACGGUGAUGUCGCCCAUGGAGAUGAUGACGUCGGAGGCGGUGGCCGUGACCUUCGGUAACCGACUCCUGGGUGUGAUGGCUUGGCUUAUGCCUCUAUCCGUGACCAUUUCCACUUUUGGUUCAGCGAACGGCACCCUUUUCGCAGCCGGCCGCCUCUGCUUCGCGGCUAGCCGUGAAGGACAUCUCCUGGACAUCCUAUCCUACGUCCACAUCAGAAGAUAUACUCCGGCUCCAGGCCUCAUCUUUCACGUAAGUCUUCAAUAUUGUGUCGUGUCCCAGGGUUAA